GGUGAUUGCGCGUUUACUCUAGUCAUGGCGGUAGUUAAAACCCGCAGUAGCUUGUUAAUUUCUGCCUGGCCAUGGUCUUGACUGUACUGUUACAUCGCCAGACAUCCCUACGCCAAAGUUAGUAGUUGCGCUGCGGCCAGCCAGGUAGCCUUCACCGCUUGAUUUGCUGCGGCUUUUUCAGUCACAGACGGGUGUAAUUUUAAGACGUGGAAUAUUCUACUUGUUCAAUAGCACCUUUUUACCUAUAGCCUAUAAAUUAUUUGAUUUUGUUCAGUUAUCUUAUUCUGUCCUGGUAGGACGCAUGUGCUAACUCUUCACAGGGCAAGGCUAUUAGGGAUAGAGCAAGUGAGGCCAUUAUUUGCAUCAGGAGUUAGCUUUCAAGCUAAAUUAAGAAGUCUGUUUUCAUGCCGGAUUUCGAACAUUUCAGAUUUUCAUAUGCAAGCAUGAAUCCGUUAUUGGGGGAGAACGCGUACCUGGUUCAGCAACAGCAGCAUAACCAGAUGGGCAGCAAUUCGGAUUCUUCCAUGACAGGCCUAGACUCAUACGGUGCACCUGACUCAGGCUUCAUCUUGGGUGAGCACACUGGCUUUGGACAAGAUGGGCUAUCUGGCCUGGAAUUUAGUGCGCUGCCACCUUCGGGACUCGGGUAUCUGCACCUGAACAACAUGCACCGUGCGCCGCCGCCCCCCGCAGCGAUGGCCCUGCGUAAUGACUUGGGCUCCAACAUCAGUGUUCUCAAGACCUUGAAUUUGCGCUUCCGCUGCUUUUUGGCUAAAGUUCAUGAGCUGGAGCGUCGGAAUAAAGCUUUGGAGAAGCAGCUUCAGCAGGCUUUGGAAAAUAAUGAGGACAAUUCAGGAGAAGGACACAGGAAAAAGCCAUUGACUAAGGAAAUGGGAGUCCAGACUGGUUUCGUAGGGUCCAUCGCAGUUAGGCCCGGACAUAUCCCCCUCCAGAACGUCAAUAAUUCUGCAUACCUGCCCGGAGGCCUUCUCUCUCCAUCACUCAACAGGGCUACAACUCCCGUCUUUGAGUCCAACAGCAAAUCAGUAUUUAGGAACUCGACUCUGACUGACUCGAAUUGCAACCUCAAUUCCAACCAACUCACUCCACAUAUUUCCAUCAGUCCUUUAUUAACCCCUACCGAUCCUUGCGAGACGAUAUCCAACAUUAACGAGAAAUAUUUCCGUUUUGGGACUGGUAUGUGUACUAACCCGCCUCCCCGGUUCCUUCCCGGCGCCGUUUGGUCCUACAACCACGACCGCAGAUUUGGCGCGGGGAGGGAUUCGCGCAUAACAGGCACGGGUGUGCCUUGUGCCCAAACGGACGGAGUAGGUGUACAAAUCGACACCAUCACCCCUGAGAUACGGGCCCUGUACAACGUGUUGGGCAAGGUGAAACGAGAGAGGGAUGAGUAUAAACGCAGAUGGGAGGAAGAAUAUACAUUCAGAGUGGACCUCCAGGAGAAAGUGGCUGAGCUGGAGGAGGAUCUCCAGGAGAGUGAGGUGUGUCAGGAUGAGCUGGCUCUCAGGGUGAAACAGCUGAAAGCUGAGCUGGUCCUCUUCAAAGGCCUAAUGAGCAACAACCUGUCAGAUCUGGACAGUAAGAUCCAGGAGAAGGCCAUGAAGGUGGACAUGGACAUCUGUAGACGCAUCGACAUCACAGCUCGCCUGUGUGAUGUGGCCCAGCAGAGGAACUGUGAAGACAUGAUCCAGAUCUUCCAGCAGAUGGCCACACCUCCUUCCACUCUGACUCGCCGGCCCCGAAAGCAGGCGGCCCAGUCGGUUAAAGGCGGUGAUGGGGAUGAACCAACCAGCAUCUCUGAGAGCGAGAGGGGCAAUGAUGAGGAGUCAUGUAGCACGUCAGCCAAUCAGAUCAACGAGGAGAUGCAGAGGAUGCUGAACCAGCUGAGGGAGUGUGAGUUUGAGGACGACUGUGACAGCCUGGCCUGGGAGGAGACUGAGGAGACUCUGCUGCUGUGGGAGGAUUUUCCAGGAUACACUCUGGGAGCAGUGGAGACCCAGGGAGAGCAGGAGGAGUCCAUAGAGAAGGUGAUAAAGGACACAGAGUCCCUCUUCCAGACUAGAGAGAAGGAGUAUCAGGAGACAAUCGACCAGAUCGAGUUGGAGCUGGCCACGGCUAAGAGUGACAUGAACCGACACCUGCACGAGUACAUGGAGAUGUGUUCCAUGAAGCGAGGCCUGGACGUGCAGAUGGAGACGUGCAGGAGACUCAUCACCCAGAGUGGGGACAGGAAAUCUCCCCCUCUCAUUACUGCGGCAAUGGAAGACUCUGAUGACGGAGAGAAGGAGUGGAAAAAGGCGUCCCCACCCGCAGACUCGGAAAGUGAUGAACCCUACUGUGAAACACAGGUUAAUAGUGGUACGGUCCCUCACUUACCAUGGAGGAAGUCCUAAUCCUUCCUGAUGAUGCCCUGUAGAUGUACCAUAGUCUGGAUAGUGCUGCUGUUUACAUUUUUUGCCAUCAAUUAUGUAAAACUGGCAGACUCUUUCCAGGGCCAUAUGUCAUCACUGCCCUCUUGUGGUUCAGGUUAUUAAAACACCUAAUCUGAGGAUAGGACUAAAUGGAAAACAUUUCAAUGAAUUUCUUAACAUUGUGCUAUUUAUAUCUCUUCUUAUAUGAUAUGAACGAUCAAAAUAUAUACAUUUUUGUUAAGUUUGCACAUUGACCUUGCUGUUUGUAGCAAGGUCCAACCAAAAACUAUUUGCACACAGUUUUUGUGGAAUAAAUGCCUUAUGUUACAUUGCAGUUACAGAUUUGAAACCACAGCUGCAUUUUUGAAGGCAAACAAAAAAAAAGUUAGCAAACUAUUUGCACAGGAUAAGUCAUUAUCUAGUAGCCUGUUGCAGUCAAACAAAAUGAGCAUUUGCAAUGUGCUAAAGGGAAAGGACCUAGCUGUUGAUAGUCAUCUAUGAAAAUGUCUUUUCUUCAUAAUUAAUGUCCUUCUCAUGAUCUAUUUUCCCUUUUUAAAAGAAUGGAUACCACUUCUAGGAAACCUGUAGAAAGAUUGCUUUAAAUCCUUCAACAUUCGUAUAUACACAACAUGUUAUUAACAGAAGUUCACAACAUUUUGUAUUUAUGUUGGAUUUAUUAUCAUUUACUAGAUUUGAUUACAUAUUCAUACAUACUUGAUUCAUUUAUUUCAGCACUUUUUCAGUCAUCAUUGAAAUUCAGAUAGCUAAGUAUUUAUUUUAUAUUAAAAUAACUAUAAAGAAAGUAUGAUAGUUGAUAGAUUUUUUUAAAAAUAUGAAAUGCAGAGGAUAAUAUUAUGUCGUUUUGCAAAGAUAAUUCACAAAAGCCAUUGCUAUAAAGUUUAGAGUCCAAAGUAAAACAUUGGUACCGUUAGCUUUGCACUGUCAUGCACAUUGCUGCGAUUCCAAGCUAUAAGCAAACAUAGAAGCAUACUGCAUUAGACCCAUGGACAGUGUUGAUAUCACAACCCACAUAAAUAAGUCCUACAAAAGCACACACUCAAUGCUAGCGUAUCAAUCCCCAGCCAGCAGUGACUUUAUCUUGAACUCAAAAAAGCUCUCUGAUCAAUCAACGUGGGAAUCAGACUGCUAUUUUGGUGCACUUUUAAAAUGGACAGCCAAGAGGUAUGAGUUUAAAGGGAGAAGUAGGCUAGAGUAGAUGUUGGUCCUGUUCAGGACAAUCUAACAUACUGCUAGCAGGCGAAUAACUUCUUUGGGAGCUCGUUCAAGGGCACUCAAACUGUGACGUGUUUUUAUGUAGUAGCACAUGAGACCUUCAUUAUCCGAACACGGUCAGUGUGUUUAACCAUCUGCUUUGUGAGAUCUGUGGUUUUGUCUCUGGAUGUGGCACAGUUUCAUUGCACUUGAACAUGCUCAGUGUUUACAGUUGGAGAAAACGUAAAACAAACAAACAUAUCUAGGGCUCGAUUCAAAUCAGUAGCCCGGAAGAUCAGCGUUACAGAGCGAUUGACAUUGAAAAUAAUGUCUUCGCGGUAAUCGCUGCAUGUGUCGGCUCAAUCAGAAACGACCUUUACAUUUCAAUCACACUACAACACAGAUUGUCCGCGCUCCGGAUUGAAUCGAGCCGCUCCUUUGUUUAUUGAUGUCUGAAAGCCCAUUGUAAAUACUCCCCCCCCAUAUUGUACAGUUUGUAAAUCUCCAUAUAUAGGUUGCACAAAAGGAUCUAUAUUCAACAGUAAUGAUAUACACUGUAUAAAAAAUGCAAACAUAUAACACCUGUACUAGCUGUUACUGAAUGUAAAUAACAUGUCAAUGUACACUGAGAAGACAAAUCCAUGCAAGAGAAGCCAGGAAUGCAUGGAAGAGAUUUCAGAAAGCGAUUUCGGACAGUAUGAGUGAAAAAGGUGGCCAUUGUAUAGGGAGUGUCUUUGCGUGUUCUGAGACUAGCUUCGUUGGUGUGCAUGUACCUCUGUCUAGUGCUGUCUGUCUUGUAUCGCAAGAAUGUUUCAGAGUUUACUUGUUCGCCUCUCUGGGGAAUCAAAACAUAUCUUUCAUAUUAUAAAACUUGAAUGUCUGCCUAGUAAA